AUGCGCGCCUUUAUUUCUAUUCUUUUCAGCGGUGCGCUCCUCGCAUCCCAACUCUCCCUGACAAGCGCCACACCCACCCCACGCGGCCUCUCCGUUCCCGCGCCGCCGGCUGAUCCGCCAAAACCCUCUAAAGGCGACGGCAUCGGCCCCUACGACUCCAAAGACUCGGGCUUUGGCGACUGGGUCGCAAAGCAAAAGUUCAAGGCCAUGGCCACCGCAGCAGACGGCCUGGGCCUCGACAACGCGGCGAGAAAUCUCCGCCAUUAUCUCGGAAACUCGGGCAAAACUUUGUCUGUCUCGCCAGAGAAUAUGCUCAAAGACCUCUCCGGACUGAGCAAGCAAGUCCGGAUCCUUGCGCAGAACGAGGCUGGCGACGCGUUCAAAGCCAUCAAGGGCGCAAAGGGACAGAAAGCCUUCUCCAGCAAAUGGACGAAUUACUAUGCUACUACCAAGGAAAGCAAGGAUUGGUUUUAUGCCCUGGGGGGCUUCUCGUUCAGCGUCACCGGCGUGGUAAGCAAGAGCAGUGCGAAAUCCGGAACGCUCAAGUACGCCGUGCAUAUCUUCGACCGAUAUAACUGGGAUGGCGGAAAGUCCGUCGAUAUCGGGCCAUUCCACUUUGAAGAUCGUGAGUUGGGCGAACUGCAUUUGAAGGGAGAGGCGAGAGAAUACCUUGUCCGCGGAACGAGCAAAGUGGUUACAGUGAAGAAGUAUACACCAAGUACCAAGAUCCCUCUGCCCAAGCCAAAGGGUGGCAGAAGGGAUUGA